UGACUUGAUUAGAACUGUGAAAAGCUGUUUGUUUAUGUUGAUGAUGGUUUAAUUACUGCAGAAGGUUUAAGCAACUAGUGGAUUUGCUUCUUUUAUUGAUACUUAAUCUUCAUUUUUUGCAUCAGUGUCUUCAAAUGAUAAAUUGUGUAUAGAAGAAGGGUUCUUAAACUAAAAUUCAGGUUGAAAUCCAUGCUUUCUGUUGCUUGUUACCAAGAUGUGUCCAAAUCUACCACAGUGGAGCGCACCUUAUUAGACUUUCACCUCCAUUUUAACAGAUGGAUUUGCUUCAUCAAGAGCUACUGAAGGUUCAUAAGCAGAAUUUGAGAUCUAAGAACAAAAAAUUGAUCAUUCAGGCCAAUUAAAAACGUGAUCCCAUAGUCUUGUCCUUUGUACGAUCGAGCACCCGUCAUUGUUGCACAAGAGUAGUAGAGUACUCAUAAGUCAUAAGAAUUAAAAACCAAGUACUCAUUGAUUAAAAAUUUGACCUCUAGGAGAGUGAAGUGUAAGCAGAAGAUAGUUUUUUAUAUAGAAGCUAGUCGAGAUAGAGAAAAAGCAGAAGGAUACAGAGAUAAAAACAUAAAACCAGCGUACUAAAUUACUAAUGAGAUAACGAAUCAAGUGCAAAAUGCAAAGCAUUGACACUUUCUUUUGUCGCUUGAUGUGAAGGCUCUUGGAUUCUUCUAUGUUCUAACGCUGCAUAUCUUUGACUAUAUCAAAGCCAAACCAAAAGGGUACGACAGCAUACAUUGAAUCAAACAUAAUUAAUCAAGGUAAGUGUUGCUUCCACACGAUGUGAGAAGGAGGAGGAUAGAAAAAAAAAAAAAGGAGAGAUAUAAUGGAAAAGAAGGUGAAAAGUUAAUAUUAGAGAAUUGGAAAAUGACCAUCUUUCACUAAUUAAUCUUCUAGAAUGGACAUUAUAGGAUGAUACAAAACAUCUUAAAUUGAUUUAAUUAAUUAAGAUCUUUGUAUCAUUAGUAGUUUCUUGCAAGCAAUGUAUAGCCUUUGGAUCUCGGAUUAAGCAUUGCAAGAAACAAAAAAAAGGUAAUAAAACGGUGAGGUUUUUACCUUCUUGUUUCUACAGAGAGGCACUGUCAUUGAAUAAAACAGUGAUGUUUUGAUUUUAACAGCUCGGUCCCCUAAAAAUUACUGAAUUCUAGUCAGAAAAAUUUACGGCUCUUGACAAUCAUGCUGAGGCAAUGUUGAAGUAGAAAGCUCCCCAAAUUAUAUAUAUUCAGGAACUACACGAGGGUGGCAAGUGGCUUUAACAGGGAAAGCUUUGCAGGCCAAAGCCAGUAAUCAAUAGUCAAAUAGCAGCAUAACAACCCAACAAGAGUAACACUGAUCGAGUAGAAUAAUGCAGUAUAUAUAAUGCAUGUGUAAAAAUAUUAGAACUAACAUAGGAGCAAAAGAAAAUUUGCUCUCUUGUGUGUUCCUAAUUCUGUUUCUGGAUAUUUCAAGCAAUAGGAACAACCUUUUCUGUCUGUCAUUCUGACUUGUUUAGUUCCCAUUUAGGAGUGUUUUGGAAGGUGAGGAACAGAAAGAGAAAUGGGGAAGGCUGGCAAAUGGAUCAAAAACCUUCUUCUAGGGAAAAGAGAAGAGAAGUUUAAGAAGAUUGAUAUAUUCUACCCGGAGAACAACACUGAAACAUCUUUUGAUACCAAAGUGAAGCGCAGAUGGAGCUUUCGAAAACCAGUAGGUGGAAGUGCAAGAAUAACAAGCAAGGUAGCAGUGAAUAAAUUUUCCACAUCUUUUGACUCGGGUGACUUGGCUAAACUGCAAAUACAGGCCUUGUUGGAAACUCACUCUCCAAGGUGUCUUCAAACAGCACUGACAAAGGCUUGUGAAGACAUUGAAGUUAGAAUAGCAGCUGCUACAAAAAUUCAGGCUGCCUUUCGCUCAUAUUUGGCAAGGAGAGCAUUGCAUGCAUUAAGGGGAUUAGUCAAGAUACAAGCACUAGUUAGGGGUCACCUUGUGAGGAAACAAGCAACUGCUACUAUGCGUGGCAUGCAUGCGUUGAUGGCCAUUCAAGUUAGAGCCAGAAUUCACAGAAUUCAAGUGGCAGAGGAAGCAAAUCUGCUCGGAAAGCAGCCUCCGCAACAUAGAGAGUUUCCUCACUUCAAAGGUCGCGUAACAGAAGAAAAUAAAGAUUCAAAGGAUAUGCAUCUGAAAUAUAGGUUCGAACCUUUGAAAAGUAGAAGUGGCCCUCUAGAUUGUUCACAAGUUAAGAGCAGAAAGUAUGAUUCCAUGACAUUCUAUUCAAAGCAUCUGUCAGUUUUGAAACGAGAAAAUCAAUACAAGCAGAAAACUUUACUCACAGCACCAAACAGUCCAGUCAAUAACCGGCGCAUGUCUGAUUUUAACCCAACAACAAUGGAUUUAUCAACUCCCCCUCACCACAUAGUGCCUCACCGCCAGUCAUGGUCACCAAGUUUCAUGAACAACACAGAAUCUUCAAAGGCAAAAUCAAGGUCUCAGAGCGAACCGAGACAACGACCCAAACAGGGAACGAAGCACCAAAUCAAGUUUGCAGAAUCUCCCUUGAAUGGUCCAAGGCAAAACCUGUUCUCAAAAUCAUUGCGCUAUGAUCAUGGAAAUCUGGACCACUGGGUCAUUAAUCUCCAUGGGUCGAUGAAGGACAGCAAGCGUGAUUCCUUUGGCAGCAGCACUGUCACUAGUGAUUCCUAUUACUGAAUGCUCUUUUGCUAAGUUGCAUGACAAGCAAAUAACUCAAUUUUGUAAACUAAUGCUUAAGGUCAUCUAUUAUCAUCCUCUACAA